AUGAUAGCAAUAAUCUAUAUCUUAUUGUUAAUGGAUUUGUCAUUUGCAGCUAUUUCAACAAGUGCUUUCUGUGAAUGCUCAGAAUUUAAAACCUCAAUUGAAUGUGCUUAAUAAUAUAAUUGUAAAUGGUCGACAUCUUGCAAGGAUAAAAUAUGUAGCGACUUCAUAGAAGAAUCAGAAUGCGAUAGAGCUUCCGAUUGCGCUUGGAAUGACACUUAAAAAAAAUGUGCAUAAUUCACUUCCUGCUCUAAUUACAAGGUCAACUAGGCCUCUUCAUGUUAAUUGAAAGAUGCAACUUGCAUUGCUGGAGAUCCAAAUCCUGAUGGAUCAUAUAUAUGCUAAAAUGGUACAAUUUUAUGCAGCUAGAUCAGCGACUAAAAGCUUUGCAAUUCUGAUCUGUAUCAAAGUUAACACGAAAUGUGUACUUACUCAUCCUCUUCAUGUCAAUCAGUGGAUAUUUCUAAAUGCUCUACGAUUACUGAGUAAUUUAUCUGCACUUCUUUAAAGUGCUCUUGGUCGGUUACUAAUUUAUCGUGCUUGGAAGGAACAUGCUCAAGUUACUCAUCUCCUGAUAUGUGCUCUUAUGUAAGUGCUGAAUCAAUAGGAACAAAAAUCCUUUGUAAGUGGAUGGAUAACUCUUGCAUUGAAGCAAAUGAUGUAUUUGCUCUAACUUCCUCAAAUUGUUAUAUUAAUACAGGAGGAUCAUACGCUUGGAUUGAUGGAUAAUGCAAGGAAUGCCAUAGUACCAAAUUUGGAGUUUUAGUUGCCUUAAAUGCAAUCUUUUCUGUCCUUUUAGCUCUAAUGCUAUGA